UAAAAUAUCUAUCUGUGUGCAAAACAUCACCAGUCAUACAGCGUGUGCAAAAAAUCCGGUUGAAACUUAUUGAUAUGUUAUGACGCAGUAGAAUAUGGAUUUUGACAUGAGGCUCUCCAGAAGGAUCAGUAUGUUGUUCGACAUACAUGCUUGUUAUUAAAUGUAGUAAUACCUUAAGAAUAAAGUACAAAUAAAAUGUAGAAUAAUGUAAAUCGAUUUAAUUAUUUUCGCUAAUUUGAACCAUGUCUUUGUUAAGUAAUGAUAUAUGGCAUAAUAUACACUAUGUCUGACCUCCGAUAACAUAGGUUUUGCACACGGAAUUUUCUGAAAUAGCUAUAUAAAAAUCGACAUACUACCAGACACCACCCAUACUAGUAAAAGCAUAUUAAUAAGAUCUACUAAGCAGACCAGCUUCAACGAAUAAAAUGCCUGGACCUUGUAACUGCAUUGAAACAAACGUGUGUAUCUGUGGUACCGGAUGCAGCGAGAAAUGUUGUCGAUGUGGAGACGUCUGCAAAUGUGCAGGACUUAGUGGAUGCGCAUGUUCCGGAUGUACAGUUGUUUGCAGAUGUUCAGGUACUUGUGUGUGUGGAUGUGAUUGUACUGGUCCGGCAAACUGCAAAUGUGAAUCUGGGUGCUCCUGCAAGUGAAACAAAGACAGCCACAACAUUAACGUGCAUAAUCUAUUCAUACUUGUAACUUAUAUCAUUCAUAAUUAAUUGUUGUUAUUUAUUAAUAUGAAAAACCCAAACUUUUAUUUUGUUGUUGUUGAAAAAUAUUUAUUUUGUAUUUAAAGUGUUUU